AUUUCGUACAUUGGCUUUUAUUUAUUCAGAGUAUAUCGUUGAAUCACAAUUUUUCAUUCAUAUUUUUGUCCGAUUUUAUUAGUGCUUUGUAAAGUAAAUUGAAAUGAAGUUCAUUUUGUUACAAAACCUUUAAUUAAUUUCAUUCUUCGAAGUUGUAAACUUCACCGUAAACUUGUAACUUGUUUUCACAAUGUCGGGUUCAAGUGAUAGCAGUACCUCGAAAAGUCCGACACCUAGAGCUUCUGUGAAUGAUGUUAGUGUAUUAUUUCAAACUGCAAGAAAAUACGAGGAGCUUAAUGUUAUUGGAACAGGUGCCUAUGGUACAGUAUACAAAGCCAGAGACUUGCACAAUGGAGGUCAGAUAGUUGCGAUGAAGAAAGUAAAGGUAGCCCUCACCGAGGAUGGAAUACCACUGUCUACGCUAAGAGAAAUAGCUCUGCUGCGGCAGCUCGAAGCUUAUAGACACCCUAAUAUUGUACGUCUUCUAGAUGUAUGCCAUGGGGGGCAGUCUAUGGAGCGGGAACAUCAACUAGUCCUUUUCCUUGUAUUUGAGCAUGUUGAACAAGAUUUGGACUCUUAUUUGAAAAGGGCUCCGGGACCAUUGUCGGAAAAUAGAAUAAAGAGUAUGUCAUAUGAUAUUCUAUCAGGGGUGGACUUCUUGCACUCUCAUAGGAUAGUGCACAGGGAUUUGAAACCCCAUAACCUACUCGUCACCUCAACGGGCCGAGUCAAACUUGCCGACUUCGGACUGGCCAAGACGUAUGACACAGAGAUGAAGCUUACAAGCGUGGUGGUGACGCUAUGGUACCGCCCGCCGGAGGUGCUGCUGGGCGCGUCGUACAACACGGCGGUGGACGUGUGGUCGUGCGGCUGCGUGCUGGCGCAGCUGCACACGCGCACGCCGCUGCUGCAGGGCUCCUGUGACACGGAGCAGCUGCACUGUAUAUUCCGGCUAAUAGGUCGUCCGUCCCGUCAUGAGUGGCCGGACAACGUAUCUAUCCUGGCGGACAGCUUCCCCGAGUACCUGCCGCAGGACUUGGCUGAUGUGCUGCCCCGGACACACCCGCAUGCUGUGGACUUGAUCAAGGGAAUGCUGGUGUUCGACCCGGCGAAGAGACUGACGGCACUGGACUGUCUGGAACACCCCUACUUCACCGACGAGCCUCUUACAUAAGUAUACUUGCUCAUAUUUUACAAACAUUUUCUGAUGGUACGACCACUCAAUAGGACAUAUCACAUAGCGCAGUAUCCACGAAGUUAAUAUUAAAUUGAAUGUCAUCUAAGCCAAGUAGUUUAGAUGAGAUACAUUAUUAAUGUUAACUUUUUGGCAAGUUACAUCACCAAACGUCCUAAUGCAAAAUGCUUGGAAGUGUAGAUGGAGCAGCGACGUCGCCAUGGCCCCCUAGUAAUUACGGCACUAAAUAAUAUUGCCUCAUCAAAAGAGUAACUGUUUGAAAACUUACCACAUUGAGCAGUGAAUAAUAUAAGUAAAAAUAAUAUUGCCCUCAAGACUACGAGGUUAAAUAAUUUACAAGCGUUCAAAAAAGAAAUGUUCAAGAACAUUAACACUAAUAAGCGCAAAUAUGCACUUAUGUUAAUUAGCACAUAAUAAUAUUGUGCCUUAAUUUUUAACCGACUUACAUAAGCCGGUUAUUUUAUUGAAAAAUACGAUAAAAUACAAGUUUACCAAAUGCGAGUUGUGCGUAGAUAACUAUUUUUGGGUGCGUAUUUUACAAUGCAACUAGGAUUAAGUUAGGCUCGAUUUUUAUGCGGCGGCGUGAAUGCGCGGCUUAGGGCCGCGCUACACCGGAAUGGCAGCGGCAGGCG